AUGACCAGUCCGAUGAGACAGUACUGUCCCGGAAUAAAGCAUUUAGCAUAUGUGCUCUUUGCUCUUUUGGAAACAUGCUUUUUUGGGAACUCGCGAAGGGAAACUGCCAUCAUUCUACUGCAAGCCUCUCAGUAUACUGAACUUGUUGCUGCCUUGUCGGGAAGAAAGUUACGAUUCUUUGAUGCCGAGAAGUUGGAAUGUUCAAAUUUGCGAGUUAUAAAAUCACGUUGGGAUUUGGUGAAUACUAUUAAUCUCCCUUCUUCGGUGCUUGCUGUGAGAUGCUUGGAUAGCUAUGCGAUUGUUGCGACGAGUAAUAAGUAUUUUGGCGUCAAUCUUAAAACGAAAACAUGUGAUGAGAUAUUUGAUUGCAGUGGCAGUCGUGUUCAGCCCCUUAUAGAGCCUGUGUCCAAGGAUGAAUUUUUGCUCUCAGGUCCGGGUUCACUAGGAGUUUUCGUCGAUACUAAUGGGCAGUCUAGGCGUCCACCGCUGACGCUAUCUACUAAUCUGUUUGCCUUGUUUCAUCGCAAGCAACUAGUCUUCGCAGUUGACGAUGAAUUCGUCUCUAUACACUGGUAUCAUUUUCUAGUUUUUAACACAAAGAACGUUUGUGCCGCGUGCAUGUCUUUAAGUCGGAACAUGGUUUUCGUGGUGUCGCAGGAUACAACCAGCGGUGCGCGCAUGCGUGUUAUUCGACCAGAAACUUGGGAUCUUGAGGCAAAGAGACUUAUUCUGGCUGGCUGCCUUUCCGAUGCCUCUGAUCUUAUUCACAAGGAAUAUGCAAAAUUAGCUGAAUUGUGCAGUCAUCGUCCUGCUACCAGCAGCGGAGCAAAGAAUAUAUUCACUGCAGUAUGUCAUGAUUCUUCGGUUAUUUUUUCCUUAUUCCAGCGAUCUAAACGAGUUUACACAUUAAUGGGUCUCUACCUAUUCACAACAGGCCAAUUAACUCAAUCAAGAAAAUUUUUUGAAAAAUCCUCGCUAGAUAUUCGGGAGCUGUUGUGUCGUUAUGUGGACUUGCUUCCCCGUGACUAUGCUUAUAUUGCUGAUCCAAAUUUGAAUAUAACUGCGGCUGCCAAAGCAAGCUCGAGCACAUGGGCCGGUGAACCACUAUCCAAUAUCUUCGAUCUAAGCGAGAACCUUGGUAUUUCCGUCAACGAAUUCCGGAAAUUCCUCUUAGAUUUCUUACUUGAAAACCGUCGUGGAAGAAUAUUUUCCAAACACGCCCAGCCCUCACCAAUACUGGUGACCGCUGUUCUUCCUGAAACAAAGUCCUUGCAUAUAAUCGCCUUGAUGAUUCUGUGA